UACAGUGUGAAUGUUUUUUAUGGAUUUAGUUUAUAAUAACCCUGACACAAACAUAGAAAUAUGGAACAAUCACAGUUUAAAGGUUUCAAAUGUGUAAAUAGCAUGCAUGGAUGUGCAUACAAAUGCACAGAAUACAUAAUAAAAAAUGUAUUUAUUUAAAGGUUGGUGGUUAUGAUGGUGCCGGUCGUUUGCGGAGUGUGGAGGCCUACAACCCGCUGACUGACAUCUGGCGUGAUGUUGCAGCAAUGUACAACCCACGCAGCAACUUUGGCAUUGAGGUAGUUGAUGGUCAGUUGUUUGCUGUCGGAGGCUUUAAUGGAAUUGGCACCACCUGUGAUGUGGAGUCCUACGAUGAGAAGACAGAUGAAUGGUAACUUCCACAAACACUAAAUCUCACAGAUCAUUUCAGACUGCAUU